AUGUUCCGUAGACCUCUCACCGUCGCACCUCGUGCGGGUGUGCGAUUUGCAUCGACCUCGUCGUCGUCAGCAGCCAGCCAACGUCGCAUGCUGUCCAAUCGAUCUCUUCUCGCCGCCGUGGCGCUCGCCGGUGGUGCUGCUGCUACAUACACUCUGGCUAAACCAAGCCUGUACGCCGAUGCUCCCGACACUGUGCCUGGUGACACCCGUCCACAUCCGCUGUGGUCGCCUCCGACGCGUGCCCAGAUGCUCGAGGCGCUCAAGCAGUCGUCGGCCAAGAGCCUUCGCCCUAACGCUUCCAAGGCCAAGUCGGAUAACUCAAGUCUCGUGCCUCUGGCUAAGGACGCAAACUCGAGCAGCCCCAGCCCCGCCGCCUCGGAACAGUCCGGCGGUGCCUCUGCCUCUCGAAAUGGAGACGAGGACGGCGAAGGCUUUGACAUCCUCGUCGUCGGUGGUGGUGCUACCGGUGCCGGUGUCGCUGUCGAUGCCGCCACCCGUGGUCUCAGCGUAGCUAUGGUCGAGCGCGACGACUUUGGUUCCGGCACCUCGUCCAAGUCGACCAAGCUCGUCCACGGCGGUGUGCGAUACCUCCAGAAGGCUGUCUUUGAGCUCGACUACGAGCAGUACAAGAUGGUGCGAGAGGCGCUCCAUGAGCGAAAGACGUUCCUCAAGAUCGCCCCUUACCUCUCCGACCAUCUCCCCAUCAUGCUUCCGGUCUAUAAGUACUGGCAGAUUCCUUACUACUGGGCGGGUACAAAGAUGUACGACAUCCUUGCCGGUUCCGAAAACAUGGAAAGCUCCUACGUGCUCGGUAAGGGCAAGGCGCUCGAGGCCUUCCCCAUGCUCAAGUCGGCCGGUCUCGCCGGUGCUGUCGUCUACUACGACGGCCAGCACAACGAUACUCGCAUGAACGUUGCCCUCGCCAUGACGGCCGUGCACCACGGUGCCGUCGUCGCCAACCACACCGAGGUGGUGGCCAUCCACAAGAAACCUGUCGCGGGCAAGCCUGACCAGAUCUGCGGUGCUCGUGUGCGUGAUGUGCUCACGGGUGACGAGUGGGAUGUCAAGUGCAAGUGCCUCAUCAACGCCACCGGACCCUUCUCGGACACGCUGCGAAAGCUCGAUGCUCCCACGGCUCAGGAGAUCGUGGCUGCUUCGUCCGGCGUUCACAUUACGCUGCCCGGCUACUUCUCACCACGCGACAUGGGUCUGAUCGACCCGCAGACCUCGGACGGCCGAGUGAUUUUCUUCCUGCCGUGGCAGGGCAACACCAUCGCAGGUACCACCGACACGGCGGCUCCUGUCGAGGCGCAUCCUCGCCCCAAGGAGGAGGAGAUCCAGUGGAUCCUCGAUGAGGUGCGCAACUAUCUCAGCCCCGACAUCAAGGUGCGACGCGGCGAUGUGCUCAGUGCCUGGUCUGGUCUGCGACCAUUGGUCAAGGACCCUGCUGCUACUGACACGCAGUCGCUUGUGCGAAACCACAUGAUCAACGUCUCCGAGUCCGGCCUGCUGACCAUUGCCGGUGGCAAGUGGACCACGUACCGUGAGAUGGCCGAGCAGACGGUGGACCGCGCCAUCCAAACGUUCAAGCUGCAGCCGCAGCGCGGAUGUGUCACCAAGGACACGCGUCUUCUGGGAAGCCACGGCUGGACCAAGACCAUGUACGUCAAGCUGUUGCAGCGCUUUGGACUCGAGACGGAUGUGGCGCAGCACCUCUCGCAAACGUAUGGUGACCGAGCGUGGAGCGUAUGCUCGAUCGCCGAGCCUACGGGCCAGCGAUGGCCGGUGCAUGGCAAGCGGAUCGACCAGCUGUACCCGUACAUUGAGGCCGAGAUCCGCUACGCGUGCCGCAGCGAGUAUGCUGCCACAGCACAGGACUUUAUCGCGCGCCGAACGCGACUGUCGUUCCUCAACGCCGAGGCGACGGUGGAUUCGUUGCCGCGCGUGAUCGACGUGAUGGGCGAGGAGCUGGGCUGGGACGAGAAGCGAAAGAAGCAGGAGUGGGCUGACAGUGUAGACUUCAUGGCCAGCAUGGGUCUGCAGCCGGCGCGAGUGCAGCAGCUCAAGGAGACGUCGCUCGACCAAAUGCGCAAGAUUCGCGAGGGCCAGCAGAAGGCGCUCAAGGUUUCCUCGCUCGGUGCUGCCUCGCUGGACGAGAAGGAUGCGCUGGCCAUCACGGCGCGUGCGUCGUUCAGCUCGGAAGAGAUGGAGGAGCUGCGCAACAAGUUCAAGCUGCUCGACGUUAACAAGGACGGCAAGCUGGACUCGAAGGAUCUCAAGGAGGUGCUGCAGCGCAUUGGAUACUCGGAGGUCGACGACUCGACGCUGCGUGGCAUCGUGAGCGAGGUCGACUUUACCAAGACGGGGGCGCUCCACUUUGAAGACUUUUUGGACGUCUUUGCUGCGCUCAAGGACGCGCGACUGGAGAACGCGUUUACGCACAUCUUGAGCGAAAUGGACUCGCACGGUCUGCAGCCCUCCUCGCACGACCCUGUGGGACCUGCGGCCAAGGAGCAGUCGCAACGACGCGAUGCUAGCCGCACCAUUCCCGUCGAGAAGAGCGGCGGUGGGUGGUAA